UACGCGAGACUGAGCUAUUACCAAUAAGGUAAGAAGUACAGAACCCAUACAAUGACGACGAUGGAGCCGGUUUUUCAAUGCCACUGUGGAUUACGCUAUCGCCGCAAGGAACACCUUAUCCGCCACGCAAAAUGCCAUUCUGAAGCAAACUCCCCUCAAUGCCCAUUUUGUGAUAAGACAUUUGGUCGGAAUGACACGCUCCGCCAACAUGUCCGUACACACCAUCAAAACAAGGACAUUCCUCGCGGCCGUGCAGCCCAGGCGUGCAGUUAUUGUCGCUCGCGAAGAUCGAGAUGUGACGGAAAUUUGGAUGCUCCCUGUGCAGCCUGUGUGCAGCGAGGGCUUCAGUGCUCCUUUACACAGUCUGCUCAGCGCUGUGAAGGACAAAGUUCACAAAGCUCAGUUGUACACCCUGCCUCGGCAAGUCUUGGCUUAAGGCGGCACUCUGAGUCUAUUGAGAAAAGCCCGAAUAGAAUACUGCCCUACAUCCAGGCGUAUUUCGAGAAAUUUCAUCCCUACUGGCCGUUCCUCCACAGAGCUACGUUUGAUCCUAAUAAUGAACCUGCGUUCCUCCUACAAUCGGUCGCGAUGAUAGGAUUGUGGGUGUCCGAGGGUGGCCAGCCCUCGGCGAUGGAUCUGCAUGCACAGCUGACCACGUCUAUCUAUCAACAGAAGGAUCGAUGGGAUGUAUCAAGCCGGCGUGGCGAACAGCAACAGGGUUGUCAUUCUAAUACUCCCGGAUCUAUCGAUCCCUGGCCGAUGGCAACCUACCAGGGGAUACUGCUACACCUCAUUUUCGCUCUUCUACAAGGUGGCCAGGAUCGACUAGACCUCCGAAUGAAACAAAGUCUUUCUGAAAUCCCCUCCCAGCUUCUGGUCGCGCUGGUCCGCAGCUGCCUGCAGCGAAACAUGUUUUCCUAUCCGACUAUGUUCGCGCACUUCAACUCUGCCUCAGUGCCGGACGUUUUUAUCUGGGUCGGUAUUGAGGAAGUCAAACGUUUCGCCUUGGCCCUGUACAAAGUAUGCCGCCGAUGCCGCGUCGAUGACGCGAAACUUCUUUCCUUGGCCGACCUACAAUUUGCCAUGCCGGAUAGCGACGAGUUAUGGCAUGCUAGCUCUGGUCUGGCCUCACGGAUACCGGCGUCUUAUAGCGAUAGAAAUAAGGAGGAUAAUUGGAUAUCGCAGGCGGCCAGGUUUCUGCAAUCUGAUGGUGCAGAUUUCGAUUGGAUCUGAGCUACAUGGCUGUACGUCGUC